AUGGAGGGCGCGCAGGGGGAGCAAGCCGCGGCCUUUGUGGCGGAGCUCUGCGGACUGCCGCAGUAUGCUGCCACGGCUGAGCGGAACUUGUCGCUGCAGGCGCUGCAAGCGCUGAAGAGCCAGGGCUUCCUCUCCAAAGGCCUGUCCCGGGCCGGGAUUUGCGACUGGCAGCACCAGAAGAGGAUCGGCGCAGAGCUGCAGUCCCUCGAGGACAGCGGCAAGAGCCUCGAGGGCCUGACGCUGCGGCGGAGCGCCUCAGAGGCGUAUGUGAGGACCAACCCCACGAGGCCGGUGCCAAAGGCACAGCCGCGCCCCGUGCUGGUGUGCCGCGGGGACAUGUCGAAGAUCAGGAAGCCUCAGGGCUUGCUCAGAGACGACGAGUCGCAAAUCAGCCGUGGUCGUGCCAAAGCCAUGAACUUCAUUGCCUCCACGCUGAGCGGGACCCACAUCUACCAGGUGGAGGACGCCUUCCAGCCGUCGCUGGUGCGGACGUUGCCGCGGGCCGUACCAGGUGGUUUGGCGGUGUGCGGGCGGAUACUGGGCGCUUUGCUGCCUUCGGGCACGCUGUGCCUUUGGGAGGAUCCGGCGGCGCCAGGAAAGGCGGAGCAAUUCGCGUGGCCUUGUGAGGUGACGCCGGUGGCUCGCUUCUACUUCUCGCCGGUGGGGUCGUUCCUGGUGACCUGGGAGCACACGGCCCUCAAAGUGGAGAAGGGCGCCUCAACGCUGAAGAUUGGUACCCGCGGGAGAGGCAAGGGCAAUGGAAAGAUGGCCUUCGGUCGCGCGGAGAAUUUGAGCGUGUGGGCGCUCGCCAGAAGGCGGCACGGCCUCGAUGAAAUCGAGGUGACGCUGGAGAAGGAGCCUCCGGACGUGCGGCUCAUGAUCAAUGUGGACCAUCUGGACGGUCAGAGCGGCCUCUUGUUGCGGCGGGUGGACCAGGGAGGCCUGGUGUACCAGCACAACGUGAAAGUGGCAGAGUCGGGCGCCGGCGACUUGCUGCUGCCUGGGGAUCGGAUCCUGGCGGUGAACCACGUGACGCUCUCCGCGCGCAGCUUGAGCGAGGAGAUCGGCGCCGCCAAGUCCUUGCGGCUCAGGGUGCGGAAGGGCCCUGGCCGUCUCUUCGCGCGGCCGCUGGCGCGCUUCUUCGCGCCCCACAUUGCGCCGGGCAGGUGGCCCCCCAUCCAAUGGACCCAGGACGAACGCUUCGCCCUGCGCUUUGUGAAGGACGAGGUGCUGGUGCUGGACCGAGCUCUGGCGGUGGUGAACAAGAUCCCGGUCUCCUUGGUGUCUCAGGUGCAGGUCUCCAGUUGGGGCACUGCCUUCGCCACCUUCUCCCCGGCGGCGUCCUCGUGCGCCCCGGCCAUGGUGCGAGUCUUCAGCGACGCGGCGUCGAGCGCGGCGAGCGCGCGGCCGGCGCUGACCAAGGGUCUCUUCUGCGACGCCGCCUGGGUGACCAUGAAGUGGGAGCCUUCGGAGGGCAAGGACCUGGUGGUGCUGGUCCAUGCCUCCGAGGUCACGGAGGAGGACUUGGCCUUUCGGACGCUGCACGGUCACGGGGGCAACGGCCUCUACUUGCUGCGCGCCUCGGAGAAGGAGCCGGUCACCGCGCUCUCCACCAGCGAGGAGGUGCUGCUGGACGUGCAGUGGGUCCCGCCCGGAUCCGGAGCCGGAGGGUCCAAGCGGCUUCUGAUCCUGCAGGGCCCGCAACCGGCGCUGGCGGCGAUGGUGUGGUACACCUGCAACAAGGCCAUCCAAAGAGUGGACCUGGAUCGCUUCGGUGUGCGCAACGCGAUCAGCUGCGACGUCCACGGCCGCUCUUUUUGCAUCCACGUGCAGAGCGAGCGGGGCAUGGGCCUCAGCAACGAGGCGGACAGCGCCGACAUCUUCGACCUCCAGCCGGAGCUGGGUGAGGGGGACGCGGUGGCGCACCGUGCAGCGGUAGUAGGCCACGCGCAGGCGCACGCGCACGUGGGGCCCUCCGUGUCCUCGAUGGCAUUCUCGCCGGAUGGGCGGCUGUUGUUGGCCAACGUCCAGGUGGACGGCAACGCCUCGGAGCUGCGUUUGCUCUCCGCCGCCGACGGCACCGUGGGCUGUGCCGUGCGCUUCGAGGGGACGGUGGGCCAGGCGCUCUGGGCGGACUUCUCGGGCCCCUUCUCCGCCCCGGAGUUCCCGAAGCCCACGAAUCCUCGCCGGGCGGGAGCCUCCCGGGAGCUGCGGGUGGAGCUCCGGGACCGCGAGACGCUGCGCAAAGGCGCCGGCCGCGGCGGCUAUGGCGCCGCUGAGGCGCUCUCGGCGCCCGAGGAGCAUUUGCUGUUCGAGAUUGAGACAGGCGCCCAGAGCAGCAGGGCCUUCGCGGCCAAGGCGCCGGAGCAGAGCUGCCGGGACUUCGCGCUGCGCUUCUGCCAGCAGCACCGCCUGGCGCCGUCGCUGGCGCCGCCGCUGGCGGAGCGCGUGGAGCGGCUGCAGCACCAGGCGCUGGCGGCCUGGAAGGCGCAGGAGGCGCAGCAGGCGAAGGCGCGGAAGGCCAAGCCCAAGGCCAAGGCGGAGGUGGACCGCAGCGACCCGGAGGCGCUGAAGAAGCGGCUCCGCGGCUUGCAGAAGAAGCUCAGGGAGAUCGACAAGCUGAAGACCCAGGAGUCGCUGGACGUGCUGCAGGUGGAAAAGAUUGCCACUGAGCGGGAGGUGCUGGCGGAGGUGGAGGCUCUGGAGACCCAGCUGUCGCUGCUGCGGCCGGUGGUGGCCACCUUCGAUGUGGAUCUGGGCGACGGCGGGGGCACCAUCUGCAUCCGCGAGGGCGACGACUGCGAGGAGUUGGCGCGGCGCUUCUGCGAGGAGCACGGCCUGGAGGAGAGCGCGGAGCUCGCGGCGCACAUGCGCGCCCGGCUCAACGCCUGA